GAAAAAAGCCAAAAAGUGUUAAAUUGUCAGAGGAAAAUACUGGUGUAUCCAGACCUUUGGAAAAAUCUGCAGAACUGAUAGAAAAUGUUGAAACAGAAAGUCAGACAUUGUCUUCAUACUCUUCGAAGCAACUGACAUCAUCAAGUAAUAAAAGACUGUCGAGAGAAUUCUUUGAUGUUCCAUGUGUUGAUCUAGCUCGGGCUCUUCUUGGCCAGUACCUGGUUCGCAGGUUAGGGACUGAACGUGUCAGUGGACGAAUUGUGGAAACAGAAGCAUACUUGGGGCUAGAAGACAAAGCAGCACACAGCUACAAAGGGAAACGAACAGAGCGUAAUGAGGCUAUGUUUAUGCAACCAGGAACAGCUUAUGUCUACAACAUUUAUGGAAUAUACUGCUGCCUCAACAUAUCAAGCCAAGGAGAGGGAUGUGCGGUUCUUUUACGAGCUCUGGAGCCUGUACAAAACAUUGGAAUUAUGAGGACAACCAGAAGCAGUAAUUCUACCAAGAAGCAAAAGGAUAAAGAGAUGACAAAUGGGCCUUCAAAACUGUGCCAGGCUUUACAAAUAUCCAAAUCGAUGUUUAAUCAGAUUGAUCUCAGUUCAUCAGAUCUCAUGUGGCUGGAGAAAGGGGAUGAUGUUGACAAUGAUUCAAUCAUCAGUUGUCCCAGAAUCAAUAUUGGCUAUGCUGAAGAAUGGAAAGAGAAGCCUCUCAGGUUCUACUUGAUUGGAAAUGAAUGUGUCAGUGUAAAGGAUAAAGCGGCAGAAAAGCAAGCAAUUGGGACAAGGACAGUGAUAUAG